CAGUAUAUAUUGUGAUCACCUGUCAGGCGCGGCGCCUGCGCACUGAGGGAGGAGGCGGAGAGGCUGCUGAUAGCUCUCUAUCUGCUGCCCCGUGCCCUCCAUCCCUCGGCUAUCAGAGAAUCACGCAGCGCGAACAUCCGCGGAGUUGACCGGAGGAUGGGGAGACGGACGAGCCGCGGCUGAAGGAAGUCUGAUGUGGACGCCGAGCCUGAAGAGAGCCCAGGGAGUAGCAGCAGCAGCAGCAGCAGCAGUAGCAGAACCAGUGGGGCUGUAGAUGCCCCCUCUACAGCUCCAGCCCCAACCCCCCCUCAGGCCUCCACAAGAGAGCCAGGAGAAAGACGAGACAGAAUACAAGACUCCUGCUCUGACUCGGACACAAGUGUAGAUUCUAGCUCCUGUGAGGAGGAGGAGGAGGAGGAGGAGGAAGAGGAGGAGGAGGAAGAAGACGAGGAGGAGGAUCCGGAUAUGUUCUCCUCCAAAUUUCUGAGUGGGGCCAACCCACUCAAUGCAGUGUCCUCGGCAGUCAAUAAAUUUGGCUUGUUCGGAGAUGACGGUGAGGGGGACAAAAAUCCAAAACAGCAGGGAGAUGCUAAAGCCCCGGUGCAGCAGAAAGGAGCCCAGAAACCAAGUCAGGAACCAAACCAGAGGAGCCAGCCUGCUCCUAAAGAGGGGUCACCCUCGCCACAGCUGCAAGGGAACGGUCAGGCAGCAUCUUUGCACAAACCUGGCGAGCAGCAUGCUGCCCCAAAGGCGCCUUCAGAAGGAAGGGGUGAGUCACCUAAAACUCAGCCGAAGGGGCCACAGCAGCAAGCACCACAGCUUCAAUCCAGAGCUCAGCCACAGGCCUCGCCGAAGCAGGGGAACCUAAGGACUGGAGUGUCGGGGUCAAUACAGGUUGAUCCUAAAAGCUCACAAAAAGCAUCACCAACAGCAGGGCAGCCACAACCAGGGUCACCGAAAGCGCCACAACAGGCUUCAGCAAAGACAGGGCCACAGCAACAGGGUCUCAGAACUCAGCCGAAAACACCUGACUUGGCUCGGGCAGGGUCGUCGUCACCAGGACCAACCAAAAAUGCACCUCAGUCAACAAAAGCAGCAUCCAAAUCCCUUUGCCCCGUGUGCACCACAACAGAACUCAAUAUACACACCAAGGAGCAGCCCAACUAUAAAAACUGUACAGCCUGUAAAACUCAAGUGUGCAGCUUAUGUGGCUUCAGUCCUCCAGACUCAGAUGGACGCGAGUGGCUUUGUCUGACAUGCCAGGUAAAAAGAGCCCAAGGAACUUCGGAACCACAAGGACCUCCAGUGAAAAAGCCAACCCCUUCUCAAACACCAUCUCCCGCCUCGGGUGUCAAAAAGGAGACGCCGACAUCAGGUUCGCCACAGAAGAAGCCCCCAGCUUCAGCCAUGCCUCCCGUGGAUGGAGCAGCUAAGGGGCCGCAGAAUCUAAAGCAGGCCGGUCAGGCACCUCCUCAGAAAAGCCCGCAGGAAACUCGAAAAACAUCAGUUCCUCAGAAGCAAGAUCAAAGCAAUCUACCUGGAAAUAAGCAAAGCGGUGCCACGUCUACUGGAGGAUUAUUUGGGUUUGGCAGUUCGAAAACAGACACUUCGAAAGCAGAGGAGUCAGUAACAGGGAAAAUGUUCGGCUUUGGUUCGUCAAUUUUCAGCUCUGCCUCUACCUUGAUAUCCUCGGCUGUUCAGGAUGAGCCGAAAACCACACCCCCACUGUCUCCCAAGCAACCUGUGACCAAAGCGCAUCCUGCAGCAGUGUCAGAACCCGGCAAGAAAAAAGAGCAGCUCUCUACGACAGUGCCAGCUUCACAAAAAUCCCCCAAAACCAGCCAAUCCACUUGUCCCCUCUGCAAGAUUGCACUCAACACAGGCUCAAAGGACCCGCCCAACUACAGUGUGUGCACAGAAUGCAGAAGUACUGUCUGCAACCAGUGUGGAUUUAACCCCAUGCCAAAUGUGAAAGAGGGAAAGGAGUGGCUUUGUCUAAACUGCCAGGUGAAACGUGCAACUGCUGGGAUUGAACCACCCAAAGACAAAACACCAUUAACAAAGACGCCUCCACAACAGCCAACUCCGCAAAAGACGUCAACGCCGGGGUCCCCUCAGAGGAAAGUACAGACAGCUGGAGCACCACCAGCUAAAGGAGAAGCCACUCAAGGAAAAAGUGAGCUGGCAUCUGCUGGUCCUAAAUCACCUCAGGUGGGCCAGAAGACAGAUGCUCAGAAAAAAGCGGAGCAGAACAAUGCCCCAGCUAGAAAGGACUCAAAUCCCUCGCAACCACAAGAAUCAGGAGGAUUCUUCAGUUUUGGUAGCCCAAAAAGACAAACGGAAGCGGCAAAGCCUGCAGAAUCCGUCACCGGCAAGAUGUUUGGAUUUGGCUCAUCCAUAUUCAGCUCUGCAUCGACAAUGAUUUCCUCAGCAACUCAAGAUGAGCCUAAAACUACGCCGCACGGAUCUCCAAAAAUACCAGCUGCAUUAAAUUCAGGGGAGGACAAGAAACCGGACAAUAUUCAGAAACAGAAGUCAGUUGAGCCAGGGAAACCACCAGGCCAGCAGACACCGCCUGCCCCAUCGGCCCCCAAAGGUGGAGGGAAAACAUGUCCGCUGUGUAAACUACAACUCGACAUGUCAUCUAAAGCUCCUCCAAACUACAACACAUGUACUGAGUGUAAAAGUGUAGUCUGCAACCAAUGUGGAUUUAAUCCCAUGCCAAAUGAUAAGGAGGCAAAAGUGUGGUUGUGUCUUAAUUGCCAAAUGAAGAGAGCACUUGGAGCAUCAGAGCCACCAGGCACCCCAAUGAUGAAACCCCAGGCAUCUCCAAACAAAGGUUCUCAGUCUUCACAGAAGGAAACUAUUAUCAAAUCCCAGAUGAAAGAGCAUCAAACACAAGGCAGCUCACCUGCCUCACCUCAGAGAAAGCCAUCAACACCAGCCGGGCAGCCUACAAAGUCUGACACUCCACAAGCACCGCCGACAGCAACAAGGGAGAGAAGUCCUUCAGGUCCAAAGAAACCACAAGAUCAACAGAAAACAGCUCCACAGAAGCCACCAGAUGCAUCAAAUAAACCUGGAACUGGACAACAAAGUGAAUCACUUGGUGGAAAAAUGUUUGGUUUUGGUUCCUCCAUAUUCAGUUCAGCAUCUACUUUAAUAAGUUCCGCUGUCCAGGAUGAGUCCAAAACAACACCUCCACCUUCUCCCAAGACUGCAGCCACAAACGUGAGUAAAUCACCUCUUGCUCAGAAGAAACAGCCAGAGAAAAAUGUGGAACAGCCUGUGUCUAAAGACGAAGCAGGACCUCCAAAGGGUGUAGCACACAAGGCCGGACCUUCUACCUGUCCUCUCUGUAAAGUGGGGCUCAACAUUGGCUCUAAGGACCCUCCAAAUUACAGCAAGUGCACUGAAUGCAAAAGCACUGUUUGCAACCAAUGUGGAUUUAAUCCAAAGCCAGAUUCAUCCGAGAUAAAAGAAUGGUUAUGUCUCAACUGCCAGGUGCAAAGAACACUGGCACAACCGGAACCCAUAAAGCCGCCAACAAAGUCCCCAUCUGCAUCCCAGAAAGUGAGCGUUGACUCAAAGAAUGAGCUUUCAACUGCUGGAUCCCCACAGAAGCUACCAGCCUCUAGUGUCAAACAGGUAUCUGACUCGGCGAAAGAGUCACAGGUGAAAGACCAACCCAAACAAACACCUGGUCAGAAGUCUUCUCAGGAGAAUCAACACAUUACAGAGGAUCAAAAACCAGCAGAGAAGGUAAAGCAAACAGAACAAAAAGCAACUGUGUCUUCAACCGACACCAAGAAGGAAACCGGGGUCGCGUCUGUCCCCAAAGUAGAACCCUCGAAAACAACAGAAUCCAUAAGCGGCAAGAUGUUUGGUUUUGGAUCUUCCAUUUUCAGUUCGGCAUCAACCUUAAUAUCCAAUGCGGUUCAGGAGGAAUCCCGCACAACACCUCCCGGCUCACGGAAGAUGUCGGCACCAGUUCAGGUCUCCCCAAAGAUUUCCCCCAAAAGUACACCCACGGCUUCACCAAAAAUGUUGCCGACAGGUGCGACAAAAUCAUCUUCUCACACUGAAAACUUGAAGAAAGAAGACGUAGAAAAAACUCAAACUUCAAAGGGAACCGCAGCUAAAAAAGCAGGUCAAGAUGUCUGCCCUCUCUGCAAUAUAAAGCUGAACAUUGGCUCAAAAGACAAGAAAAACUAUAGCACCUGUACUGACUGCAAGACCGUCGUCUGUGAUCAGUGUGGAUUCAGUCCGAUGCCUGUGGGAGAGGUGAAAGAGUGGCUCUGUCUGAACUGUCAGGUUAAACGGGCCUCUGCAGCGCCGGAGCCCCCGCUCCCUGCCAAAAUCAAGUCCCAGGCUGGGUUACCUGCUCAGGAUACUUCCAAGCCAACUGCGUCUGAGAAGAAAGAAAACACUGUCUCUGCUGAACAAAAGAAGGCCGCCACUGAAACUGCCUCAACAUUGCCAAAAGCAGCACCAUCAGAUCAAGCUGGUGUCUCCUCAUUGCCGCUGAAAGUUGACAACCAACAACCUGAGAAAGUACGGCAAGAAACCCAAAAGAAAGGUCAAGAGGGGGCGAGCCAGACCGGACGUAAGCUGAGUAGCGCCACAGCUAAACAAGAGGCCGACACCUCUCCUCAUCGAGGCGCCUCCAAACCUCCACAAGCGGCAGAGAAGCCUGCAGAGUCAGUUACUGGGAAGAUGUUUGGAUUUGGCUCCUCCAUAUUCAGCUCUGCGUCUACGCUGAUCUCCUCUGCUGUGCAGGAUCAGCCAAAGACAACCCCACCAGUUUCACCCAAAGCUUCCCCCUUCAAAGAAGCCAAGGUACAGGACACCCAAAAGGUCGACCAACCGAUGAAACCAGUACAGACAAAGUCGCCGCCUACAGGAGAUGAGAAAGGAAAAAAAGUGGCAGGUGAACCACUGAAAGCUGGGACAGCUACUCAGGGAGCAAAACCAGGCAUGGAAAAAUGCCCACUUUGCAAGGAUGCACUUAACAUAGGCUCCAAGGACCCUCCUAACUAUAGCAUGUGCACUGAAUGCAAAAGUACUGUUUGUAACCAGUGUGGAUUCAACCCCAUGCCGAACAACACAUCGGUAACAGAAUGGCUUUGUCUGAACUGCCAAGUUAAGAGAGCCACCACUGCCUCAGAGCCACCAGCCCCUGCAUCAGUAAAGCCCCAGGCAUUAAAUAAAAUUCCGUCAUCUACCACAGGCGAGUUAAAGGAUACUUCCAAACCACCUUCAUCUCCAAAGAAAGAUGUCUCCAUCCCUGCCGAACAAAAGAAGAUCGUCACGGAAACAGUCUCCAAGCCAUCUGACAAACCUCUUCCAGCCAAAAGUGACAAGCAACAGCUUGAGAAAAUACCUCCAGAUAGUCAAAAGAAAACAGCAGAUGAGAUAAGCCAGUCUGGGCGCAAGCUCAGCAAUGCCCAACCCGAUGGUUCCCCUCGCUCAAAACCAGCAGAAAAAAAUGCAGAAUCAGUCACUGGAAAAAUGUUUGGAUUUGGUUCUUCUCUAUUCAGUUCUGCAUCCACACUGAUAACAACGGCUGUCCAGGACCAGACCAAGACGAGUCCAACUGUUUCCCCAAAGAUGUCACCUUCAAAAGACCCCAAAGCAUCUUCUACUCAAAAGGCUGAGCCACUGAAGAAAGUGGAUCCAACCCCGCAGAAGAAGGUUAUUCCAGCAGGAGAGGCCGUCAUGGCUAAAGGUCCAUCAGAAGCACCAAUAGUUGAAAAGUCUGGUCUGAUAGCUGCCAAACCAAGCGGGAAAAUCUGUCCCCUUUGCAAUGACGUUCUCAAUGUGGGGUCCAAGGAUCAACCCAACUUCAGCACAUGCACGGAAUGCAAGAAAACGGUUUGCAACCAGUGUGGAUUUAACCCCAUGCCAAAUGACUCAGGGAUGAAGGAGUGGCUGUGUCUCACCUGCCAGGUGCAGCGAGCUCAAAAGGAGACAGAAACCGUCAAAGGUUUACCCGUCAAAACUGAGAAACCACCUGAAAAGGGUGCUAUCAGUCCAGGUCCUCCACUGAAGAAAGAGGUGUCGGCGCCACAGUCCCCACAGAAAACCCAGGAGAAAGCAAAGCCAACUGUGACAGAGAAGGACCAAAAGCAGAACGAUGUUAAACCAAUCAGUCCAGUUCCAGCUGAGAAAACUUCUGAGGGAGUCAGGAAACCUACAGAUCCUAACAAGUCUCCUCAAAAGACCGGACAAACACUGGCAAAGAAAGACGCUGACAAACCCCAGGAUACAGGAGGAUUUUUUGGAUUCGGAGGUGGGAAAAGUCCAACUACUCCUGCAAACACAUCUGAGUCUGUGACAGGAAAAAUGUUUGGCUUUGGCUCUUCUUUCUUAAACUCUGCAUCCACUCUCAUUACCACGGCAGUUCAGGAGCAGCCCAAGACAACUCCGCCAGUUUCUCCCAAGAUGUCGCCAGCAAAAGAAGCCAAGUCCCCCUCCAUGCAGAAGUUGCAAAACCAAAAAGAACCUAAUCAGAAAUCAACAGAACCUUCUCAAGUGGGAGCCAAAGUAACUGCCGAAGUUCCAAAAUAUACAAAACCAUUGGAAGCUGCUGCCAAACCAGGCCAAUCACACUGCCCGCUCUGCAAAGUUCAGCUCAUAGUUGGUGCUAAAGACACACCUAACUACAGUACCUGCACAAAAUGCAAGAUUGAUGUCUGUAACCAGUGUGGAUUUAAUCCUACGCCAAACAUCACAACGGCGGAUUGGUUGUGUCUGACCUGUCAGGUGGAACAAGCUCGCAUAGCAGCAGAGGCAGCGGAGCCCCAAAUGACAAAACCCCAAGAGCAAUCCAACCGAAAAUCUCCUGUGAGUGAUGUGGAUCUUCCCAGUGACAAGAUUAAAGAAACUUUUUCAGAAACAAACAAACCCUCCAUGCAGAAAGAUCUUCCCAAGACAGCUUCCCAGGUCUUGCAACUUUCAAAGGAAGCAGAGGAGAAGAAGACAGAUACACUACCAACCCAGAAGGGUUUGAGCUCAGCUAAGCCCACAGACAAAGAAAAUCAAAAAGAAAUGAUUUCCAACUUUCCUCCACCAAAUAGAGCAAUUGAAGAAGAGAAAAAGGAUCCUUCUCCGGCAACUCCCCGCAGGGCUGAGAACAUAAAAGUAACCGAAAAUGCAGAAAAAGUGGCGCUUCAAAAAGACCCCCAUGAAGACUUAAACGCGACAAAGACCUCAGUUGCCCCAUCGACUACCUCAAAAGCACAGGCUGCUGUUCAGGAAGCAGGAGGAAUCCAAAGUUCAGGAAGUGAUAAAGCUCCUCAAAAUGCUUUCACUACCGAAUCUGUGACAGGAAAAAUGAUGGGAUUUGGUUCAUCCAUCUUCAGCUCUGCAUCCACUUUGAUUACAUCAGCAGUUCAAGAGGAAUCCCGCAAAACACUGCCAGGAUCCCGGAAAAUGUCUGCCCCUGCACAAGUUUCUGAUAAAAAGACAAUUUCUGCUAAGGCCAGCCCUCCUGUAUCUCCAAAACCAAGUUUGACAAAAAUGGCAUCCAUUACUAAAACCGACAAGCCAGCAGAAAUAACUCAGAAAGCCAAGGCUCCUCCUCCACCUGAGCCGAAGAAAGAGAGCAUGCCAGAGCCUGAGAAACCGAAGGCACCUGAAGCUCUUCCCAAAAUAUCUUCAUGUCCUCUCUGCAAAGUGGAACUUAACAUUGGCGGCAAGGAUCCAUCCAAUCACAACACUUGCACUGAAUGCAAAAACACAGUGUGCAACAAAUGUGGUUUCAGCCCCAUGCCAUCAAAGUUGGAGGGGAAAGAAUGGCUUUGUCUGAACUGCCAGAUGCAGAGAGCUCUUGGGGCUUCUGAGCCACUCGGUCUUCCCAUGAUGAAACCUUCCCCAAGCAAAGAGAAGGCUCAACCCUUGCAGGAGACAGCUAAACCGUCCCAACAGGAAGUUGCCAUGCAGCCAGACAUAUCCAAAAUUGAGUCUAUUUCUGAUGCCACUGUCAAAAAAGAAACCCAAGGAAUAGUCGCGUUAAGAAAAAAAUCUAUUGAGGCAGCCGCCACAUUGACUGACAAAACUGUUUCGCAGCCUGUCAAGAAAAUGGCUGCACCAAGUGUGUCACAAAAGACCUCAGAUGUGGAUGCAAAAACGAAGGAGCAACCAGCGGCUCUGCAGCCACUGGAACAGAAUGUCAUUACUCCUGCACCUACUUCAGACAAAACAGUACCGACCCCUCAAAAAGCCAAACAAACACCCACUCAGCCAGUCAAACCCACACCUCCACCAGACCAGCCCGUCAAACAGGAGUCAGGAGGUUUCUUUGGGUUUGGUAGCCCCAAGACACAGCCCAAAACAGCAAGCGAGUCAGUGACAGGCAAAGUCUUUGGCUUUGGCUCUUCUUUCUUAAGCUCUGCCUCAACUUUAAUAACUUCAGCUGUGCAGGACGAGCCUAAAACAACGCCCCCGACUCCACGGAAGAUGUCCACUACAUAUCAGGUGUCUCCUAAAACGACACCACCGAGCUCUCCAAAACCGACACCUGCGAAAGACACCAAGGCGUCAGCUGUCCUCAAAACUGAAGAAGAGAAAUCUGAGAAACAGCAGAAAGAAAGUUCAACCUCAUUAACGCAAGAUAAAGUGGACAAAGCUGCUUCAAAGCCACCACAGAUGACAGCAAGCAAAGCGCCUUGUGUCUGUCCGCUCUGCAAGACCGAGCUCAAUGUGAACUCCAAAGAUGUACCUAACUACAGCACUUGCACUGAGUGCAAAACCACUGUCUGCAGUCAGUGUGGAUUUAAUCCUGUGCCCAAUUUGACGGAGGCAAAAGAAUGGCUUUGUCUGAACUGUCAGAUGCAGAGAGCCCUUGGAGCUUCUGAACCUGGUGGACCUCCUGGAUUGAAACCCCAGUCCUCCCCUAACAAGGUUCCUUCUGCCAUGGUGUCUGAGACACGAGGAGAAGAGAAGUCCAAGGAAUUGAUAAAGGAAGUAGCUCCAUCUAGGCCCUCAGCUGAAGGUGCAGUGAAGCGUGAGCCAUUGCAAGCAGCACCUAAGGAAAAAGCUGAGGCCCCACCUCGGACUGCCCAAGUGAAACCUCAGGAAACGCCUGCCAUUAAACCUCAACCACCAACUGCAAAAGCAGCAAAACCGGACACCAAAGCAGAUUCAGCAAAGAAAGAAAUUGGAAAACCACAAAUGACCUCCAAAGUUCCAGACAAACCAGCUGCUCCUGCUGCUAAACAGGAAGCUGGAGGUUUCUUUGGCUUUGGAGGACCUAAAAUACAAGCAUCCCCUGUAAAAUCAGCGGAAUCAGUGGGUGGAAAAAUGUUUGGUUUUGGGUCCUCCAUCUUCAGCUCAGCAUCAUCUUUGAUAGGCUCUGCUGUACAGGACGAGCCGAAAUCAGCCCCGGUGUCUCCCAAAAUGACACCUGUUAAAGAGGCUAAAGCACCUGCGCCACCGAAACCAACACCUGAUCAGCAACCCAAGGCUCCCCUGACCUCUGAAACCAAAGGAGAGGGGCCGGUUCCGGGACCUCCUAAGUCAAUGGCAGCUGUUGCUCCUAAAGCAGGCCUGGCUUCUUGUCCACUUUGUAAAGCUGAGCUCAACAUGGACUCCAAGGAGCCCCCCAAUUACAAUACCUGCACGGAAUGCAAAAAUGUGGUCUGCAAUCUCUGUGGAUUUAACCCCAUGCCACAGACAGAAAAGAAGGAGUGGCUGUGUCUUAAUUGUCAGACCCAACGGGCCCUGUCAGGACAUCUUGGGGAGUCAAAGAAAAUAACGCCUUCUCCUGCGCUACCAAUUGAUAAGUCUCAACCUUCACCACAAACUAAAAAGCCAGAGCCCCAGAUUAGCACAGUGAAAACAGAAGUUGUUAGUGCCCCCUCCGAGCCCACGGCCCCAUCAGUAACAGCUCCAAUUGUACAGACAACAGCUGACUCAGCAGCUGUCAAGACCGAAGCUGCAGCAGCCUCCUCAGGGAUUCAAACUGAGACCCUUAAACCUGCUGCUACUGAUCUCCACAGGGGAGUUCAAAACAUUCCUGAUAUCAAGAAUGAAAUUGUUGAAAGCAAAGAACAUGCAGAAGUCGCAGAUACUGUUAUGUCAAAAACUCCUGAAAAUGAAUCUCAAACCAAGCCUGAUGUAGGGAAUGCGGGUGAAGAAGUCCGAGAGGCAACUCUGCCAAAAGAUGGCCCAGCUACUGCAAGAGAUUCAGAAUUGUCACGGACAGAUGUUAGUGUCGUAGUAGUGAAAGAGCCAUCUCCAGAAGUGUCCACAGGAAUCAAGCGUGACCUUGCUGUAGAUAUUGACAGCAUAACUCCAGCGGAGCCAUCGCCAGCAAAUAAGGAGACAAAAGAGCAAAACAAGGCUGAAAAAUUGGUCGCAGAAAUUGCGACCGCCUUGCCAACUGGACGGGACACCGUGACUCAGGAUUCAGAACUUGCUGAUGAGGCAGAACUUAAACUGAACAAGACAUCACAAAUUUUGUCCAUGCCAGAAGAAACGAAAGUCACAGAUGUGACGACAGAAUUAUCUAAAGUUGAUGGUGAAAAAGCAUCAAGUGUGGUCGAAACUGAAGACAAACCUGACAAACGACGCCUCAGUUUCCAUGCUGUAGAGGAAACGAGUGGAAGCGAGCUUUCACCCUCUCCUUCGCCGAAAGUCAUAAGGAGAAAACUGCAAGUCAGCCGAAUUUCAUCCAGCAGUGAAGAGAUGAAAACUGAAUCAGCAGACUCUUCUAUCGAGGAUGAAGAAUUUAUCCGUAAACAAAUAAUGGGUAUGGGUGGCGAAGAAGAAAUGUCUGUCUCAGAGGAUGACAAAGACAAAGAAAAGGAUGCGGAAAGUAACAACAUUAUUGUGGGUGUGGAACUGGAUAAUACGAAACUAACAUCAGAGUCUGAAGUAGAAGCCAGAGAAGAGGAUGGCGAUUUAACCAAGACAACAACUCCUUUCAAAACAGAAGUUCAAGUUUCAGAGGCACACAGCCCAACUUUGAAGAAAGCAAUCCCUGCACUUCGGCAGAGGCAAAGCACCGAAGAAGAAGUAGAGAGCAUCACAGAAUCCCUAUCAAAGGGGUCAUCAAGUGUUCAUGUAUCCAGCUUUACACCACGAUCAUCUCCAACAUCCGCGUCAUCGCUGGAGGAGGACAGUGAUAGCAGUCCCAGUCAUAAAAAAGUCAGUGGAGACAAACAGUACCGCAAAGGCAAACACAGACAACAAACACAGCCCCUACCUACCAUAGAAGACUCGUCAGAAGAUGAGAGGAUGAGGGAUGAAGAGAAACCAAAAAAGAGUGAAAGACCAACAUAUGCUCAACCCUUUUCUUCAAACGAAAACUAUUCUUCCACGGAGGACUUGAAAGAGGUUAUGGUGAUGGAUGACACUACAAAAACAUCUGGCUCUGAAUUUUCAGCCAGUAUAGAAUCAGAGCCUGAUGUCCGGCAAGCAGUUCAGCGAGGGCGGAAACCGUCACCCACAGUUAUACCCUUCAAUAUUUCCAAAACUGAGUCCGAAAGUGUGUCUAAAAAGUCAUUGAAAAGUGCUGAGGAGACAUAUGAGGAAAUCAUACAGAAGUCAAAAGCCAUUCCAGGUGAAAGCCCUCCAGAUAUUGAGCCGCUAUAUGGAGGAAUGACCAUUGAAGACUACCUUUAUGAGUCACUUGUGGAGGAGACAGAACACACGCAGGAAUUUCAAGAUGAUGCUUUCAAACAGGACUCUGCAGCUGACCAUCUGAAAAAACUACGUUCCCCAGAAGAGGUUUAUGAGGAGAUGAUGCAAAAGAAGAAAGAAUUAAUGAUGAUCGAACAAGAAUUUCAGGAAGCAAAGACAGCGUUGGAUUCCACCUCUUCGGGUCCCCAAAUGGUGGCUGAGAGCUGUGUUGUGGUAAUGCCUACAGAGGAAAGGGACUCUCCUAAUGGCACUGAGGCAUCCAGUGAAAUGCAGAUUAAGAAAAAGAAACGACCAGCUCCCCCACGACCUUCGGAACCUCCCAAACGUCCCGAUGUCUAUGUGUUGCCCACUACGCAUAGCGGAUCUAUAGGCUUUGUUAGGCCAAUGGUUCCUCAAGAUCCUGCACUUAUGAAGGCUCUGUUUCCCAUACCAGACCUUAAAAUCACCCAGUGUUCAUCAGGGGAGGAAGAGGAUGAUAGUCUUGCAGAUGAGUAUGGUGUAGGUGUUUCCUCGGAUAUUACACCCAGCGAUGAUUCUGAAACCAAGGAGGAACCAUCAAAUAAAAGCACUGACUUUGAACCAAUAUCUGUGGUAUGUGAAAUUCCAGAACCAAAACCCAUUCCGACACCGAUAUCUGCGCCUGAGCUUACUAAUACACCUUCCCCAGUGUCACCAGCAUCACCACCAACGUCUCCUGCCACUCCAGAUUCAAGCUUGGCCUCGAAUGCCACUUCAUCGUCUUCUUUCCCUGCCCAAACACCGCUGUCAUCAGAUUCAACUCCUCUGUCUACACCUACGCUACCAAGUUCUUUAACAAGUCAAAUCCCAUCAGAAAUGUUGGCAUCCACUGAAGGUGCUGUUGUGCCGAUAACGGAAGAGCCAGAAUCUUUCAGUCCAACCUCAGUUGUGGUGACCAUACCAGAUGUUGUGUAUGAGCCCUCCAAACCUCAACCAUCCGCAGUGCAGGAGGAUCCAAUUCGUACAAUUGAAAGAAAAUCAGUUGUACCUGUGCAGCCUCAUGUACAAAUGCCUGAUUUGGUUUCCUCUCAAUCCCAAAUGCCCAGUUCAACUCCAGCAGUGAUACAAGUUUCAGCACCAAGUCCGGCACCCACUGUCAUCUCAACUCAGUCAACACACCAAAGAAUCUCAACAUCUGUUGCAAGUGUCCCUCCUCCUGCAGAACCUGCAGGUUCCCUCACACAAUCUGCCCCUGCGGCUACAAGCCCUGGGCCAAUUAUAGUGCAGAUGCCUGACCUUGUUUCAACUACAUCUCCCAUUUCUGCUCAAAUUCCCGUGUCCACACUAAUAACUAAACAGCUUCGUGCCCAACCCAAAGUGGUGCAUUCAGUUCCUGUCCAACCCACAGCCCCAUCAAUGACUCCAUCGGACGUCCAAGUGGAAACUGCUCCAGCUUCCACUACAAUCAUUAAAAAGAAAGUUCCGCCUCCUCCUCCACCACGUUCAACUUCAGUGUCAUUGCCUGAGCCUACUAAGGAACAAGCACUUGUGCAAAGUCAACACAUUUCACCAACAACCACAUCUGCUGCAAAAGUGGCGAACCAGCAGAUGCGCUCAGUAUUUGUAGAUAUUCAACCCAGAAUGGACAAUAAACAGUCAGAUCUCGUGGCUGCGCCGCAGUUGGUGACUCCGACUAGACAAGGCCAUGUUGUAAUCAUAGUAUCCAGUGUUGAAACUCUACCUCAUGUUGGACAAAGUUCACAAGAGGAACAAUCAACGUAUUCCACGGCUACUCAACCCCCAGUCAGUAAACCUGCCCCUGUUGCUACCAGUGAUGCGCCUACUAAAGCAGCUCAAAUAGCAAAGACUUCAGUUGGACCCCCUUCAGUAAUUUACAACAAACCUGAAGCAGGAAUGAAGGUUUCUGAUGCAUCAGUGGCAUCCCCAGCCAAACCAGCUGUUUAUCCAAAACCUCCAUCACUUACAUCAGGGUCAAACGCUGUAACAACAAAGCAGCAAGUUGCUGUAAGUGCAGCUGGCCCAAUUCACGCUGCUAAACCUCCUCCACCCAUACCACCCAAACCCAUUGUGAUUCCAGCCGGACUGGUUUUUAGCCACAAACCCGGAGAAACCAUUAAGCCACCAUACACUGUAAACAAAGCUGCAACUUUACCAAGAGCCAAAGAACCUCCAAAAGCACUUUCACUUAGUCUGACACGACCAGUUGAGUCCAAAUUGAAUGCAACAUCUCCAAAGUCACCUGUGUCUCCUCGGCAUGCAAAGUGUUUGCAAACUUAUGUUGUCAUUACUCUUCCCUCUGAGCCUGGAUCUCCAACUGAGAGCAUCACAGUCCAAGCACCUGUGAGAAGAGGAUCAAUCCCCUCCACCAAGGUAUCUGGUGUGCGAACAGAAAUCCUCGACCAAAAAGUCCCCAUUUCAGACUUCACAGCACAGGCUGCAGUAAGGAGAGCAUCAGUUCCCAAUGUCAGGCAGUCAUCGCCAACACCAAUUGUCCAAACUGUAGCAGCCAAGGAAACAACUGCAAUAAUGGCUGUAAAGGUGCAGGCCAGCAAAUUUACUCCGACUACACAACCACCGAUUUCUGCCACCAGCAAAACUGAAACCAUACUUGCUCAUGCAGCACCCAUUGAAGCUCAAAGUGUUCCCCCAACAAUCAAAAAGCCGUACGUACCAAUAACAUUGCAACAAACACAACAAGCUGAGCCAUCACCUAAGCAAGAGAAAAAAUAUGAAAACGUAGAGAGAAUAAAGCCAGCAGCUGUGCCUCCACUGUUAACUGAACAACCAGCUCCCAUUGUUGCUCCACAUCCCAAGGAAGAGUGUGUUGGAAUAACAAUGCCACUAUCACCUGAAGCUCAAGAUACAGUUCCACAUGAGCCAGUUAAACCUACACACCGCAACGAUGUUGCUGUUGAAGAGGAAGAUGUGCAGCAAUAUGUGGAUAUUCUUACUGAUGUCAUUGCUACGAGGCCUCUAGUGAUGGGGAUCAGGGAACAACAACAAGAAGAAAAUACAGCUUUGAAUGAACAAGUGACAACAGAUUUUGCAAAUACAUUCAUAACUAGCAAGUUCACUUCAGAAACUAAAACUGAGAUGCGACCAGUGGCUCAAAAGCCUCUUGAUUCUGCAAUAAUAGAGCCUGUGGCAGUGAUGGAUGCACCACCAGAUGAAGUGAUGGUUCACCAUAUUCCUUCCACAAGUGUUGGAGUAGCAUUUGGGAUGACACCAGUUGACUUUCCGCAAACAGCAGAGCCAGUUAGGCCUGUGCCUUUAGAGCAAAAUGUAUCCAAUUUGAUUCCAUCCUCAAUCACGCCAUAUUCUACACCCCCCCUGGAGGUGGUUGCAGUUCAACCAGAACCUGAAGCUCCAACAGAAAUAACAAGAAGGCCUUUGAUUAUCUCGUCCGUAAUUGAAUCACAUGCAUUACCAACAAUGCCAAUUGGAGUCAUAACAACAGAGGAAAAUACAAGUAGCAGGAGGACAUCUAUAUCAUCUAUGGUAAGGCCACCAAGUGAGAUUUAUCCCUGCCCUGCUGAAUAUGACAUACCUACACAGGUGGUAACAACUGAUGCAUAUUCUGCUACUAGAAGAGAAUCUUUAACACUACAACAGCCCCCACCAUCGGCACACAUCAUAAAUAUGCCUGCUGAAAGGGAUAUUCAAGCUCCUUACUGGGCAAGCCCUGUUCCUUCUGAAGACCAACACUUUGCGACGGAUCAUGAUUAUCCUCUUGAAAUAAUGACCACUGAUGGAUACAGCAGGAGAGGUUCCACACCCAAAGCACGGGAGAUUCCAAAGCGCGUGCCUGUGGCACCAAUCACUAUUACCAAAAUUCAACAGGAAUCCAUUGAGAGCCAAGCGUUUAGAGCAUCUGAAAAGGUGGUGUCUAGUAUGAGUCACAUGUAUUCCUCCUCCUUCUCAACCUCUGGACAACCACCUGAAGCACCCAGUUUGGUAACGCAGGUUGUCACUACAGAGGUUCAAAGAACUACAGUUUCAGUUGUCCAUGAAAGACUACCUCCUCCGCCGACUGUUGCUGUGAACAUGACGCCUGAGAUUCACCAAAUAUCACCCGCUCAUAAACAGAACGGAAAUAUUUAUCCCGCCGAUGUUAUGGAUUUGCGGACAAUGAAGGUGGGCGUAAAAAUGACAGAACAAGGCAUGGAUUUGACACCCUCUGAUUCCUGUAGACAUGUCUCAACUGAUAUAACAGGUCGCCAGAUUACAGCGGUGCAACCUGAAAUUGUGAAUCUCAGUUCCGAGAUCGUACCUGCUACAACAUUGUCUUUAGUCACUGACAGCAUAACUAUUGUUACCUGCACGGCAACUAUCUCUUCAUACAAUAAUACUCCUGCGGAGAAACCACUGGAUUUACAUGGGCCAGUUACAUCAUUACCCCUAUCCCUCACAACCUACAAACCAUUUGAACCACUUGCUCAGAUUGUGUACAAACCAGUCAAUGUCCAGCCCUUGGUAAAAGCUGUCGAAUCCUCAGGACAAGACUUACCCAUAAACCUUUCCUUUGGAACUGUUGUCUCAGGGGCUACAAUGCCAAUCUCAUCUGCCCAGAAUGGCAAUACUGAAUCAGCCCUUUCACUGGAGGCAACAGGAGCCAUGGACUUGUCCAAUUACAGACCAAUGAGUGCAAUGGUCGCAUUGUCUGGAACAAGUCCUGGAGUGGUGACCACCAUUGUUGAGGACGAUGGGACGCCUAUUGAUCUCACAGCAGGCAGAAGAGGUGUUUGCUGUGAUGUUAUUUAUAAUCUUCCAUUUACUCGAAGCUGCAGAACUCAGGCGCCUGUCACGACUCAGCCUGAUGGACACUUAAGCUACAAAGAUGAACAGUACAAAGAUGCCAGUCCUGGUCGGGGAAUUAAUGGUACAAAGGAAUCAAUAAUUGGACUUUCCGGUACCAGAAUUUUGUACGAUUCCAAGGUGGACUUUGAUCAUCUAAGUGGUUCCCCGGAUGGUGUCAUGGACCUCACCAGCACCACACUUUCUGCUGGUAGAGCUCUUGACUACACUAGUAAAGCUGCUGGAGCGUUCCCUGGGAUGACCAGCACAUCAUGUCCCCAGAUAACAGUGCACAGUGUUGAAAGUGUUCUAAGGACUGCUGAUGGAAUCGUCUACUCAUCUGUUGCUACCCCAAUUCCAUCUACAUACGCAAUCACGACCCAACCAGGCUCAAUCUUUAGUACGACCCUAACCCCAACAUUACAGAAUCAACCAACUCUUGAUCCAUAUGGCUUCAUUUCAUCCGCAAAUCAAGGUCAAAUCAUUCCUUUUGACACCGGGCUACCAAAGGAGUUCAUACCCACUGCGCUGGCUGAUAUCAUAACAGGUUAUCCUGAAAUGUACUCUGACAACACCCUUGAAGCAAUAGCUGCCUCCCUGGAUGCCCUCGCAACUUCUCCAAUAUUUCCUGGACUAGACAACACCAAAAUGGUCCAGUACCAAAUGGAAAGGGAGUUUCUUGAGCUAGAGAAGCUGAAACAACUUUGUCUUGCUGAGGAGCUAGAGUGGGAAAGACAGGAGAUACAGCGCUACCGCGAACAAGAGCAGAUAAUGGUUCAAAGGGAGCUUGAAGAGCUCCAGGCGCUUAAGCAGCAGCUUCUUCUCCAGCAAGAAGAAGAACACCAUGCCCACAUGGUGGCUCAGCAGGAAACCUAUGCCCAGCAGAAAGAACAGUUGCAGCAGAUUCAACAGCUACAGCUGCAACUGCAGCGACAAUUAGAUGAACAUUACGGUACUUCUGCAACUACUGAGAGUCUUUUGACUGCCAAGUAUGCUGGGGUGGGAGACAGUGGUCAGUAUUGGCCUGUUAAAGAUGAAUCUGCUCCUCUGACUGGGACACAGCUUGAGGAAAACCAGGACCAGUUUAAUCUAGUAAAGAUGGCCGACCAGGGUACUGGGAGAAAGAUAAUCGAUAGUGGAGUUCAAACAGACGAUGAAGACUCAACAGAGAAACAACAUGUGGGAAGAAGAAAGAAGAGUAAGAGAAACGUUGACAGUUCUAGUCAUACAGAUGAUGAAGAUCAAGAUGAAUGGGAUACGCCAUCCAAAGCUCGACGCAGAUCUCGGAAACACAGCAAUGAAGGCAAACAUGGCUCUAAGGUGUCAAGCAUUGCAAUCCAGACCGUGGCCGAAAUAUCUGUGCAAACCGAUCACUCAGGAAGCAUCAAACGGCCAAAUGUCCAGAUGGACACUAAAGUUGAAAUUGUCAAGCACAUUUCUGCUCCUGAAAAUUCACAGAAAGGGGGUAGUCUGAGUUGCCAGACAGAUUUAGAUAGAAGACACUCGCCCAUUGAUGUGGCUUAUGGCACACACUUGACAAAAGACAACGUCAAAUCUAAGAUUUUCUACACUGCUGUGUCACCGCUUUCACCGGAGAGGUCGCAAGGAGGACAAAGGAUGUUAACAGCAGAUCCAACCAGGUUUUCCUCUGCGCCCCGGAUUUUAAAGGCUGGUCAGAAGUCACUAUCAGAUCCUAAAUCCCUUAGUCCGUCCACUGAUGUAGGGGGCUAUUAUGCUGACUACUCGGGCCGAGGAUCUCCCAGUGGCACAGGGAAGAAGGUCAAGCGGACGCUGCCAGAGCCACCUCCCGAAGAUGACUCUCUAUCUGGAAGAUCUGGCUACAGUACCAACUCUGCCCGACGUCGUCUUGCUCGCAGUACGACAAUGGCGCGAGCCAAGAUUUUGCAAGACAUAGACAAAGAGCUUGAUUUGGUGGAACGUGAAUCUUCAAAACUUCGGAAAAAACAGGCCGAACUAGACGAGGAGGAAAAAGAGAUUGAUGCCAAACUCCGGUACCUUGAGAUGGGUAUCAAUCGACGAAAGGAGGCCUUGCUCAAGGAGCGUGAGAAGAGAGAGCGAGCAUAUCUCCAGGGAGUGGCGGAGGAAAGAGAUUAUAUGUCAGACAGUGAAGUUAGCAACAUCAGAGAGGCCAGGGGUGAUGGCUUAGAGAGACCACGGACAGCUCCCCAGUCUGAGUUUGAUCAGUUUAUCCCUCCACAGACAGAAGCUGAUUCUCAGUACAACACUCUAACCAGUCCUUAUUCCCACUAUGCUCAGUACGUUCCCCAAACCCAAACCACUAGCCACUAUACACAAGACAACUUAUACCAGCAGCAGUCACUAUACCACCAACAAGUGUCGCCUUACCAAACUGUGUCCACCCUAGCGCUGUCCCACGCACAAUCGCAGCCCAGUAGCUACCAACAUGCUCUACUCAUGCAACAGGGCAAGAGACAAACAGCUUUGUCUGAAUUGGAAUCGAAGUCUAACUAUGAGGUUAUACACAACCAACCUUUGAUAAUAGUCCCGACAUCCUCUGAAAGUGGCUACGGUGUGGCACACCUAGGAGGCAAGUAUGGCAACUUGGAUUUGAGGCUAGGGUUAGAGGAGAGAAGCAUGGCCUCGAGUCCCAUGUCAAGUAUAUCUGCUGAUUCCUUUUAUGCUGACAUUGACCACCACAAUGCCAGAAAUUAUGUACUGAUCGAAGACAUUGGGGAGCUGACCAAGACUUCAUCGGGGUUGAGCAACACAGGCUUGGGAUCAGGAUUUAAUUUACCUGAUAAGGAGCUGUCAAAGGCAGACAGACUGCUUCGGGCAGCGGAUGUCAGACGCACAGCUGAGGUGGCGGAUUUUUUAGGACCUUCUCGUCUUCAGGGAUAUGGUAAAGGAGAAGAUGAAACGAUGGAGGAACCUUAUGAGCUAAAACUACUGAAACAGCAGAUCAAGCAAGAGUUUAGACGGGGAACAGAGGGAUUAGAGCAUUUAUCAGGCCUCAGUCUGCCCCAGUAUCUUCCCAGUGAUGGUAGUUUUCGUCACUUUCCCAAAGGUGAAAAAUACAGCAUUGGCAGGCUCACGCUGGAAAAGCAAGCAGCGAAGCAGCUCCCAGCUGCUGUGCUCUACCAAAAACAGAUGAAAAACAAAAAGCCUGUUAUUGACCCAAAAGCCAUCACUAAAUUCUCACCAAUUCAGGAGAGCAGAGACUUGGAGCCAGACUUUGCCAGUUAUAUUGGAUCAGGGUCCUCAUCUGUCACAAGUCUUGCAGCAAGAGCAAGGUUACUCCAGGAUGAGAUAACCUUUGGGCUGAGGAAAAACCUCUCGGAACAACAGAAAUAUCUGGGCUCCUCACUUGGGGCUAACCUUUCUGGAUCCCUUAAUCUUGGUCAGUCAUUUGGAAUGACAUCUCCUUUAAGGGCAAGUGUACCAGAUGAUGGCACUUACCCAAGUGGCAGCCGCUCCAGACCUUCUUCGCGCCCUUCUUCUCGCCCUUCUUCUGUCUACGGCCUGGAUCUAUCGAUGAAAAGAGACCUUUCCAACUCUUCGCUACGACUGAAAACGGAGGGAGAGGUUUUGGAUGCCGCAUUUGCUCCUGGGGUGGUCAGGGCAAAGCCGACCAGUUUGCCAAUCAGCCAAAGCCGAGGCCGCAUCCCCAUUGUGGCUCAGAACUCUGAGGAGGAGAGUCCUCUGAGCCCAGUGGGGCAGCCUAUGGGUAUGGCUAGAGCCUCAGCUGGACCUCUCCCACCAAUAUCUGCUGACUCCAGGGACCAAUUUGGCUCUAGCCAUUCCCUCCCAGAAGUUCAACAACAUAUGAGGGAGGAGUCGCGGACCCGUGGCUACGAUCGGGACAUUGCAUUCAUAAUGGAUGAUUUACAAGGAGCCAUGUCUGACAGUGAAGCGAUCUGUGAGUCCAUGCUGUCUUUGAACAGAGAUGAUGCCAGAAUCAUUCAUGAAAGUAUCAGACACGCUGGAGGCCCAAACUGGAGUAUAGAAGCAUACCAUCUUAGAAGAGAGGACACAGACUGGUUUGAUAAGCCACGAGAAGGCCAAGCGCAGAGAGGAAACGUUACAGACCGACGACAGAUGAAACUGGUGCCUUACGCCUUCCCUCACGCCUGCGUUAAACUCAAGAGAGACCCAAAGGACACCAGUGUGUCAGGGAACGGUCUUGGGAUUCGCGUGGUUGGUGGAAAGGAGAUACCUGGGAGCAGAAAAGAGAUCGGCGCCUACAUUGCCAAAGUGAUUGCAGGGGGCGCUGCAGAGCAAACGGGAAAGAUAGUUGAAGGAAUGCAGGUGUUGGAAUGGAACGGAAUCCACUUGACGGGGAAGACUUACGAAGAGGUGCAGUGCAUUGUGGGCCAGCAAUGUGUGGAGGCGGAGCUCUGCGUGAGACUUGACCUUAAUAUGCUGUCUGACCCUGAGCACCCACAAGCCCUGGAGCACCAUGUCCAGCUUAAGGCUGUAGGUGGGCAGCGCUCCCCGGGGGUGGACCCUAAGCAGCUGGCUGCAGAACUACAGAAGGUGUCCCAGCAGCAGGCGCCAGGUAUUGCAGGGACCGGAGUUGGAGGUUUAGGAGUCCUGUCCGCGUUGGAGCGUUCGGCGCUUCUCCACUCGGGCACGGGAUCAGCUGCAUCAAGUGGGGUGCCAAGUCCAGGCCAGCCUGCUUCUCCGGCAAUAAACAAGAAACAAAGACACAGGCCUGAGAUAUUAAGGGCACCUCAUCCCAUUACAGGAGAAAUCCAGCUCCAAAUCAACUAUGACCGUAACCUGGGAAACCUGAUCGUCCAUGUGCUGCAAGCUAGGAACCUUGCCCCGAGAGAUGACGGCUACUCCGAUCCUUUUGUCAAGGUCUACCUGUUGCCAGGCCGAGGACAAGUCAUGGUUGUCCAGAAUGCAAGCGCCGAUAACAAGAGACGGACCAAGUAUGCUCAAAAGACCAUGAACCCGGAAUGGAACCAAACUGUUAUUUACAAGAACAUUCAUCUGGAACAGCUGAAGAAAAAGACUCUGGAGGUGACUGUGUGGGAUUAUGACAGAUCUUCGUCCAACGAUUUCUUGGGCGAAGUGUUAAUUGACUUGUCCAACACCAGUCAGCUGGACAACACUCCACGGUGGCAUAUUCUCAGAGAACAGAGUGAAAGCAUAGAGCACAGCCGUGCCCACCAUGCUGCUCAGGGCCCACCAGGAUCUGGACCUGGCCAAGCUCAUGGUCAGGGAUACGGCCAUGGUCAGGGCCAUAUGUCCGUGCCAGGAUCGGGGACUGGCCAUGGUAUUGGACAAGGACUAACACAUGAGGAUGGGAAUUAUGAUUCACCCAAAAACUCUGUCAUCAAGAGUAGAAGCCAUGGAAUCUUCCCUGACCCAGCCAAAGAUAUGCAGAUGUUGCCUUUAGAAAAGUCUCACAGCAGCCCCGGCAGCUCCAAGUCUUCCUCCGACGGCCAGCUACGAUCACAUGGCCCCUCCCGAAGUCAAAGCAAGAGCAGCGUCACUCAGGCCCACCUUGAGGAUGCUGGGAUAGCCAUUGCUGCUGCUGAGGCUGCUGUGCAACAGUCUCGCCUGCAACCAAGAACAGGACACCGGUUAGCUGACGUGUCUGGAUCCGUGGUUCUGUCUGCCCCAAGUCUUGUGGGCGAUGCAUACGGAGACCUGGAGGGCGGGGAUGGUGCUGACACUGGAGUGGACAGUGCCAUUUUUCAAGUGCCACGAAUCGGCAAAACUAUACCUAAUGGCACUGACAAACACCAACUGGGAACUCCAGAAAAUGAAGGAGGCAAAACUCAAGUCAUGGGGGAAAUCAAAGUUGCUCUGAAGAAGGAGGUGAAGACUGAAGGAGACCAACUGAUCUUGGAGAUUCUGCAAUGCAGAAACAUCACGUACAAGUUCAAGAGUCCUGAUCACCUACCAGAUCUGUAUGUAAAGCUUUACGUUGUCAACGUGGCCACUCAGAAACGGAUCAUUAAGAAGAAGACAAGAGUGUGUCGCCAUGACAGGGAGCCGUCUUUCAACGAGACCUUCAGAUUUCCCCUGAACCCCACGGGACACUCAAUACAGCUUUUCCUAGUUUCCAAUGGAGGGAAGUUUGUGAAGAAGACCCUCAUCGGGGAGGCGUACAUCUGGCUGGACAAGGUGGACAUGAGGAAGCGAGUGGUCAGCUGGCACAAGCUCUUCGUCAGCUCCACUCAAACAAUCCCCUGAACUCCACCCCCCAAGAAAAUAAUCAACAAAAGACGGGGCUGAAAUGGCAGCAAACGGAUUCAUUUUCUUUUAUCCAUUUCAAUGGUUUUCACUGGUUAUAACUGUAUCAGUCAAACACUGCCAAGACCACUGCCGCGUCCUCUGUCAGAUCUCUGUCAGGAGGCAGACGUUGCCGUGAUGUGCAGACUAACACCAGGCAGACGAAACGGCAGUAUGGAGCUGUGAUGGCUUCAAAAUGAUAACACCUCUUCUCGGGAUAUAUUGGACUGAAGUUUAUAGGAGUUCACAUUCUGGAGCUGGAUCGACGACUGAGUUAAACAAAAUAUAGAAAAGUAGUCAUAAUAAACAACUAUGUUUAUUUUUAAUACCAAGAAAUAAACGGAUUUAUGUCAGAGAGCUGGCUUUCGUUAGCAGAAACGUUAAAUGUACAGCACCUCAGAUUGUAGAUAUCGAAUAUAUAAGAGCAUAUCAAAAGUAAAGUUUAUUUAUUAUAGCAAGUAUAAGACAUAGAGAUUAAAAAGGAUAUAAUACUCUCUCCACUAGGUAAAUUAUCUUUGUAAAACUGUGGGCAGCGUACUGACAAUCCAGUACUCUUCUCUGUGGUACUGAUGAGUUUGAGGUACGUAGUGUUUCCUUUUAUCAGUGAUAUGAUUUUGAAGGAGAACAUCAGGUGACUUACACUGGUUUGCUGCUAUAUAAGGGUCAAGAAUUAUAAAAAAAUAAAAAAAAAAAAGCAGCGUUGCGUGCUCUGCAGCCUGAAGCACUUCUGUGUUGAAUGUUAACAAGCCAACUACAGAGAAUGACAAAUGUUUACCACAUCUGUUGGGUGUGAGCGACAUUUCCCUGCUUGUUUAGAAGUCUAUUUUUGCGUGCAAUCCAUGAUGUAAUUGAUAGAAACGCUACUGAUGCAAGUCGAUUUUGUGUUGCGUCUCCUCCCUCCUAUGAAACCCCUAAAUAAGGGUAAGUGUUAACUAACCAUCAUUCACUUCCUACUUUUGUCUCACGCUCGUGGUAUUGUGCGUCAGUAAAUCCCACUGUGGUUGCUAAUAAUUGAGGUCAGAAGAACACAAGUGGUUGAACGUUCCAAACACUGUGGCAGCAUAUUAUGGCCAUUGAAAAAUACCCAUCAGCCCCUUUCGCUUUUUUCCAUCUUCACUGGCUCUAAUGUGGCGUCAGAGGUGACUCAUCAUGAAAACACUAACCAUCAACCUUCACAAUGACUGUUAGUGUAUCCAAACAUAUCAGGGCUGAUGCGACCUAAACAAUGAGCGUCAGCACACGCAUUCAAAUGAACAUCAAAAUGAGGAUGAGUGUAAGAGGAAUGAAAACAAACAAAAAAAAAGAUUUUAAUAUUUUGUUGUGCCAACCUUGAUAUAUAUUUUUUUAAAUUUAAGACCCAUCUUUUAUUUAGAAGUACUUCUAUGCAACAUAGAUGUUUGAAUGCAUUUUUAAAUGAUGCAUAUAUGAGCAUAUCGUUUCAAAUGUGUCUUGUGUUUUUGUUUUUUUUUUCUUUCGGGAUUAUUUUAACAAUCCUCAUGUGCACUUUAUUAUCUUUGUUUUCUUAGGGCCAUUUAAAUGUUAAACUUAAAUGUUUCAGUGUUUCAAUGUGGAUGCAGUGAGAGAAAACAAAAUGGUGUGCAUGUUGUAUCUAUGUGGCAAAAAUUGAAAAAAAAAAAAAAAAAAAAGACACUUGCUUUUGGCCGUUGCACAGAAAUCAUGAAAUGCAUUCCAUAGAUUACUUCAGUGAGUAUAUGAGGGAAUAUACACGUCUGAUAGGGCGAUGCUGCUCCUCUUCAAUCAACUUUCCAUUUGAGGUUCAUUCAGAUCAUUUGUUGCCUGUAGUUGUAAAAAAACAAAAUCUAUCCGUUGUUGUUCCGAGGAGUGUGAAUGUGGCUCGAUGUGUACAUAGUGUUUAUUUUCUACAAAGAAUGAAUGUUUAUAUUGUCCAACAUAUGAGCAUGUGUGUCGUUAAUUCACAAAAAAAAUGUACAGCACUGUGUGUCCAAUAGUUGUGUAAAGGAGGUUGUUAACAUGUGACUAUCUGUGCAAACAUGUCCUGUAAACAAACAGCUAAAAUCAGUGACGAGGGAGCAAAAAAAUCAACAUAAAAACUUUUCUGGAUGUUGCAUGUUUUUGUUGAUAGUUUGUCUGUAAAUUUGACUAAAGAUUCAAAAAGAGAGAGAAUAUGUAUAGAUUUAUCUGUAUGCUGACUGUAAAGAAUAUGCUUGUAAAGUUUGUCUUGUUUUUCCACCCUGUGUAAAAAAAACAAAAAAGAAUAUAAUGUUAUGGUUUUGUGGUUGUACACAGAAUGUGUUGAGAUAUUAUGCAAAUUGUGCUGUAAAAAUCAGCUGUUUCCCCCUCAAGUCUACAGAAUAAAUAUAAAGAAGAACCUAAAUAUG